AUGAGGCCUAUACAAGCACAGACCCCAGUUGGGGUGCGGCGUACACAUCAUGUCCUAUAUCGCGGCAGAACCUUGUGUCGCUUUCAGCAUACCCAGGCAUCCGAGCCAAACUCCAACAAACUCCCACCAGUCGAACGUCCGCCACAGGCACUGGGUGACGUGGUUUGGGGGUUGAGGGCUGACAAGUACGAGAUAACACAGGUUUCCACGUGGAAACCAAGAGGGCCAGUAUGCCGGACAUACCAAGCGAUAAAGUGGGUGGAGGGCCUAAAAGAAACGUUUGUUCUUAAAGAAGUACGAAGGUACUCGCAAGUCAGGCACUUGCUUGGAGCAUCUCAGAUGCUUCAACAGCACCCGAACUUGCAGACUUUGUACGACGUCGCCAGUGACGAGCAGCUUCUGAUAUAUCGCACCCUUCCGUAUAAUGUCAACGGUCUAAUCCGCGAGCAUCCUGGGCUACCAUACGAAACACGCAAGGAAAUCCUCAAACGUGCUCUGACUGGCCUGGCGGCGCUUCACAACACAGAUCUCGCCCAUCUUAAUAUCAGACCAAGUGCCAUUCUUGUCGACUACGGUCCAAAGUUGGGAUCCAGUCCAUCCAAUGGCGUCCACAAGGUCCAGCUCGGUCGCUUUGAGGACGCCGUCUUACCCUACCUUUCUAAGCAGCGUAUCGAUCAUUAUCGCCUCGGCAUCGAAGAUUUGCCCUGGAAGAGUCCCGAGUUUUGGAUCCGAGGUCGCCAAGCCAGGCCAUCUGACGUGUUUUCAUUUGGCCUCACGUCUGUCAACUUUAUGCUCAACAACCUCAACCUCAAGUGUGCCGACACCGGAUUCCCACAGAAGAGACUCGCGGCGUUGGGCGGACUCGCCAGCGGUGUCCCGACACAGAAACAACUGGCCAAACUCGAGAUAUGGUUCAACCAUUUCGGAGAUGCGGAUGCGUUGAUGGGGCUGCUCGAACAAGUCAAAGACGAACCUAACCAGUGGUACGGCCCCCUCAACAAACUCGUCAAAGAAACGACCUUUGGUCUUCGGAAGCCUUUGCCCGGGCUGGAGAAUCACGUCGACCUUGGGUUUGUGGACGUGGUCACCAAGAUGACUCAUCUGGAUCCAAGCAAGAGAAUCACGGCACGCGAGGCCUUGGAGCACGAGUGGUUUGCAAACAUCGAGGUGGGACCCGAGCACAUGUGGUACUCACCCUUCAAGCCGCGCAAAAAUCAGCCAAACGCCCGGCAGUCGUUUGAUGAUAUUCAAACUGAGAGCGGGAUACCUAUUCGAAAGAUCCCGCAUUUUUAUCCACAGGACGUCACCCGUGAGGCCACCACACCGCGUGGCCCGGAGGUCGUCCAAAAAGAACAAGAUGAAGCACUAGUGUCAAGAAUCCCCCAAGAAGAACAAGACGAGCUACCCGUUUCAGAAUCAGGGGUCGUUCUCGAGGAUGAGGACAAGCCCCCGGUUCCGAAACCCGUCCCGGCAAUCAGAAACCUCAUCCGAAAAGUCUACGUCCCUCUCACCGAGUCUACAUUGAAGGCCUAUCGGCAGUAUGAUGGGAACAGCACGCUUGACCCAGACGCGUUGGAGAAAAGGUCUUUCCAAGUGGAAAAGCUUGAACCGAGAACUCCUAAACCAGAGAAAGACUCCAAGAGGUUUUAA